AUGUCCAAAGUGCCAGUGGUUAAAAAAAAAAAAUCGUUCCUGUAUUAUACCUUUCCUUUGAUGACCACCUCAUUCAUCUUUUGUUAUUGUUAUUCUAUCCGAAAACAAACCUUCAAAGAAAACUAUGUGUUCUUAAUGACAUCCUUGACUAAAAUAAUUGUUUCUUCUAUUAUAUUGGUAUUCCGGUUGAGAAACGUUAUCCAAAACUGUACAAACAUUCUUUCUCUUUUUAUAAUAGUUGCUUCAAGCAAAGAAAGAAAGAGCUAUGUCUUGAUCAAACUUGCUUUAACCUUAAGUCAGCUCUCAAAGAAAAUAGUAGAAUAG